GGAGGUAAGUCGGCGAAGAGGGGGGGGGGAGAGUGGUUAGAAAGUUAGAGGCGAAGAGAAGGGGUUGAGUGCUGAAGCACAGAGAGGGACAGGGAGCGACUGAGGCCACAGUACGGGCAGAGAGUGCACAGUAAGAAGUAUAUAUAUAUCUAGAGAGAGAGAGAGAGGGCAAAAGAGAGAGUCGUAGUAAUAGCUGCUGAGUAAAGUGUGUGUGCGCCAGUGGGGAAGAGUCCCAAGGAGCCUGAGUGACAAUAGGUGUGUGAGCUGCAGCCUGACAGGGAUUGUCCCCUUGUCUCCCCCGCGGCCCCCCAGCUCCUGUCCUUUCUCUCCUAUUAUAUCUCUGUUCUGCUUGGGGGGCUGUCAUGUCCUCGAUUCUUCCCUUCACUCCCCCCAUCGUGAAGAGGCUGCUGGGAUGGAAGAAGGGAGAGCAGAAUGGGCAAGAGGAGAAAUGGUGUGAGAAGGCAGUGAAGAGUCUGGUGAAGAAACUGAAGAAGAGUGGGCAGCUGGACGAGCUGGAGAAGGCACUGACCACCCAGAGCAUCAGCACCAAGUGCAUCACCAUCCCCAGAAAGGAAACAUUUUCUGAUGAUGAAUCCUUUCAACAAACCUGCAUCCUCUGUGCAAAUCCUUCCACCUCGCCGCAUGUAAGCAGAACAGCCAACGCGCUUUGCACAAGGUCUCUGGAUGGAAGGCUCCAGGUGUCCCAUCGCAAGGGUUUGCCCCAUGUCAUAUACUGCCGCCUUUGGAGGUGGCCAGAUCUACACAGUCACCACGAACUUCGAGCCAUGGAGGUGUGUGAAUAUGCCUUCAACAUGAAGAAAGACGAAGUGUGUGUGAAUCCUUAUCACUACCAGAGAGUGGAGACUCCAGUUCUACCUCCAGUGCUGGUUCCACGAAACACCGAAAUUCCGGCAGAAUUCCCUUCACUCGAUGAUUACAGCCAUUCCAUUCCAGAAAAUACCAAUUUCCCGGCAGGCAUUGAGCCACAGAUAAACUACAUUCCAGAAACUCCUCCUCCUGGUUACUUGAGUGAAGAUGGGGAAACAAGCGACCAAAUGAACCACAGCAUAGAUACAGGGUCUCCAAAUUUGUCUCCAAACUCUAUGUCCCCUGCUCAUAGCAACAUGGACCUGCAGCCUGUUACAUACUGCGAGCCGGCCUUUUGGUGCUCCAUCUCCUACUAUGAGCUUAACCAACGUGUGGGGGAGACCUUCCACGCUUCCCAACCCUCCAUGACAGUGGAUGGAUUCACCGAUCCUUCCAACUCCGAACGUUUCUGCCUGGGACUGUUGUCCAAUGUAAAUCGGAAUGCGGCUGUGGAAAUGACACGGAGACACAUUGGGAGAGGCGUGCGGCUGUAUUACAUCGGAGGGGAAGUGUUUGCUGAGUGCCUCAGUGACAAUGCCAUAUUUGUACAGUCCCCAAAUUGUAACCAGCGCUACGGUUGGCAUCCUGCCACGGUCUGCAAGAUUCCACCAGGCUGUAACCUGAAGAUAUUUAAUAACCAGGAGUUUGCUGCUCUUUUGGCUCAGUCAGUAAAUCAAGGCUUUGAGGCUGUGUAUCAGCUCACUAGGAUGUGCACCAUACGCAUGAGUUUUGUCAAGGGCUGGGGAGCCGAAUACAGGCGACAGACUGUGACUAGCACCCCCUGCUGGAUCGAGCUGCACUUGAACGGGCCCUUGCAAUGGCUGGAUAAAGUUCUCACUCAGAUGGGGUCUCCAAGUAUCCGCUGCUCCAGUGUUUCUUAAAGAGAAGCAGCUUGGUGACGGGAUAUAGCAUUCUGUGGGCCAAGCGAUGAAAGAGACUAAGCUUUAGGACUAAACAAGUCUAUUGCGUCUUAGUCCAUUCAGACCAUGCUUAGACCAGAGACAGCCAACUGAAGCCAAGUAACUGAAGUACGCAAACUUAUCAGUGGAACAACAUCUCAUUGGCCAAGUUCAAGGACUUGUAAUCUAGAACUUACCAGCACUCCAAUAUCCAGUAUGGUGGUGCAAUAAAAGCUGGCUCUUACUGCACACCAUUAUCCAGGAUAACCAAACUGCUGCUGUCCUUGUACACCUCACUUGCAGACGCAUGACUUAGAGCCAGUGGACCUGGCCUGUAUUAAAAAAAAAAAAAAUAACACAAAACCAACCAUUUUAAGGUUCUUAAUCUGAUUAGAACAUUUAUUGGUGUAUCUUGCCCUAAAGUUGCCAGGCUUCCUUCACUACAAAGACAGGAGAUCUAACUAUACAGCCAUAUAUUGCCUCGGCACUGUAUCAGCUCGGAAACCUUUUGGAUCCCUAAGGAGGCCAUAGUGGGGCAGCAGAGACAUAUAGGAUGGCCUUUCUUUACUUAAAUAUAUUCAAGCUGUCUUAGCUUACCAAACAUUUAUGGAGUAGUGCCUUAUAUGUAACAAGUGUCAAACUCAAAUUGUCUUCUGACUGACAUGCGUCAGACCAUCAUUUUGAAGAGCUUGGGGAGCUACAAAUUGUUUUGUUAUGAGCCCAUGUAACUUUCUGAUUAGUGGCAGUGUACAGUGCGCACAGUCUGCCUGAGCAAUGGGCCCCCGUAUGGAAUGGCAAAAUUUAUAUAUAGUUGGAAAUACCCAACCUGCGGCCAGCUAUCAUUUUAUUGCAACUCCCAGUGUCUUCCGAGCCCCUUUACACCCCUGUUAUAUAUGCUGAAACAACUUAACAGCAUUUAAAGGGGAAGUGUAGUUUAAAUAGAUGGACUUCUAUCUAAACAACCGUUUUUAUAUAUUUUCUAUUAUUUUUGAGUGAUUAGAAUUCCCCUUGCGCCUGUUUUCACCCUCCAAAACCAAAAAACAGAUUGACUGUGACUGAGAGUUCAUUUUUUAGUUAUUCUAUUUUAUUCCUUGUCUUCUUUUACAGGAACUUUUAAGUUCAUCCCAAAUUCUGACUUCCAAACUCUUGCCUGGAUUCUAUGGUAAUUAAGCCCUAGCAACCAGAUAGCAAUUGAAAUAUUAAUCCUGAGAGUUUCAGUACACAAAAUAUAUAGCUCAUAACUUGGUUACAGAUAUAGAAACAACAUUGCUGCAUAUCAGCCUUUCAGCCAUAGUUCCAAGAAUAUCUAUGCCAGGGGUCCCCGACCUUUUUUACCCAUGAACCACAUUCAAAUGUAAAAAGUUGUGAAGCAAUACAAGCAUAAAAAAAUGUAGCUGAGUGUACUAAAUAAGGGCCGUGAUUGGCUAUUUGGUAGCCCCCUAAGUGGACUGGCAGCCUACAGGAGACUCAGUUUGGCAGUACAUCUGGUCUUUAUGCAACCAAAACUUGCCUUUUAGCCAGAAAUCCAAAAAAAAACACCUGCUUUUAGGCCACUGGGAGCAACACCCAAGGGGUUGGGGAGCAACAUGUUGCUCAGGAGCCACUGGUUGGGGACUAAUGAUCUAGGCCACCAGGAUACACUCGCAUAUAUCUUGAUAACUGUCAUUCAUUACAAUGGGAAACUGCAAAAUAACUAAUCAAUGUACUUGUUACAAUUAAGUCCACUUUAAUUCAGUGUUCUAUGACAAUAAAACAUGGCUUCCAAGGGGUGAUUACUUUCAAUAGUAACUGAAUGUUUCUCCUUUACAUUGAGACAUAUUUAGAUUGUGACACAGAUUGCCCACGUGUUGUUAGCCCAGUCGGGGGGUCUGGCUGAUAGCACCCCUAUGCACACAGUUGCAAAUGGCAUAUUGGCAUCAGGAAGGGUCCCAGGGUACAUGUAGCAUAUAUGGGAUGGUGGGCUCCUGUUUCUAUCAUAUAUGGGAUGGUGGGCUCCUGUUUGUAGCAUAUAUGGGAUGGUGGGCUCCUGUUUGUAGCAUAUAUGGGAUGGUGGGCUCCUGUGUGUAACAUAUAUGGGAUGGUGGGCUCCUGUGUGUAACAUAUAUGGGAUGGUGGGCUCCUGUUUCUAUCAUAUAUGGGAUGGUGGGCUCCUGUUUGUAGCAUAUAUGGGAUGGUGGGCUCCUGUGUGUAGCAUAUAUGGGAUGGUGGGCUCCUGUUUCUAUCAUAUAUGGGAUGGUGGGCUCCUGUUUGUAGCAUAUAUGGGAUGGUGGGCUCCUGUUUGUAGCAUAUAUGGGAUGGUGGGCUCCUGUGUGUAACAUAUAUGGGAUGGUGGGCUCCUGUGUGUAACAUAUAUGGGAUGGUGGGCUCCUGUUUCUAUCAUAUAUGGGAUGGUGGGCUCCUGUUUGUAGCAUAUAUGGGAUGGUGGGCUCCAGUUUGUAGCAUAUAUAGGAUGGUGGGCUCCUGUGUGUAACAUAUAUGGGAUGGUGGGCUCCUGUUUGUAGCAUAUAUGGGAUGGUGGGCUCCUGUGUGUAACAUAUAUGGGAUGGUGGGCUCCUGUGUGUAACAUAUAUGGGAUGGUGGGCUCCUGUUUGUAGCAUAUAUGGGAUGGUGGGCUCCUGUUUGUAGCAUAUAUGGGAUGGUGGGCUCCUGUGUGUAACAUAUAUGGGAUGGUGGGCUCCUGUUUGUAGCAUAUAUGGGAUGGUGGGCUCCUGUGUGUAACAUAUAUGGGAUGGUGGGCUCCUGUGUGUAGCAUAAAUGGGAUGGUGGGCUCCUGUGUGUAGCAUAUAUGGGAUGGUGGGCUCCUGUGUGUAACAUAUAUGGGAUGGUGGGCUCCUGUGUGUAGCAUAUAUGGGAUGGUGGGCUCCUGUUUGUAGCAUAUAUGGGAUGGUGGGCUCCUGUGUGUAACAUAUAUGGCAUGGUGGGCUCCUGUUUGUAGCAUAUAUGGGAUGGUGGGCUCCUGUUUGUAGCAUAUAUGGGAUGGUGGGCUCCUGUUUGUAGCAUAUAUGGGAUGGUGGGCUCCUGUGUGUAACCUAUAUGGGAUGGUGGGCUCCUGUUUGUAGCAUAUAUGGGAUGGUGGGCUCCUGUUUGUAACAUAUAUGGGAUGGUGGGCUCCUGUGUGUAACAUAUAUGGGAUGGUGGGCUCCUGUGUGUAGCAUGAGAAACAAAAUGAGCUUUAUUUUUAUAUGUCCUCCUCUUCCUGUCAUUUCUUCUUCCAUCAGUAUAUGCAUUUCCAUUUUAGUGUCUGUCCUUUCUAACCAGCAUUUUAGCAUAACAGAGAAUUGCAGUCUUCCUUUACUCACACCCCCAGAUAUGCCUCUUCCAUCUUACUAAUGUUUGUACAGUAUAGAGGUUCCUUUUCCUCUGUCUCUGGAUAGAAUGUUAAUAGUUCAGCUGCCCAAAUUGAAACUUUCUAUGACCGCUUUUUCUUUCAUACUCAUGUAAAGUUUUAUUUGUGAAUGUAAAUAAAUCCUCAAAGGCUUUUCUAAUCAA